AUGAUUGAGCCCUUCCUAGGCACCUGGAAACUGGUCUCCAGCGAAAACUUCGAGAACUACGUGAGAGAACUGGGAGUGGAAUGUGAACCCCGGAAGGUUGCGUGUUUAAUAAAACCAAGCGUUAGUAUUAGUUUCAAUGGGGAAAGGAUGGACAUCCAAGCAGGAAGUGCAUCCAGGAACACGGAGAUCUCUUUCAAGUUGGGGGAAGAAUUUGAAGAGACCACUGCAGACAACCGGAAAGUGAGGAGCCUUAUAACCUUUGAAGGUGGGUCAAUGAUCCAGGUCCAGCGAUGGCUUGGCAAACAGACAACAAUUAAAAGAAGAAUUGUGGAUGGAAAAAUGGUAGUGGAGUGCACCAUGAACAAUGUUGUCAGCACUAGGAUCUACGAAAGGGUGUAG